AUGGGAGGAUCGCAAAAUGUCGAAUCCAUGAUCUAUUGCGUGAAAUCAUACUUCUCAAAUCGAAAGAUCAAAAUUUUAUGUCCAUCAUCAGUGAACAAAGCAGCUCUGCCUGAAAAGGUUUGGCGACUAUCAAUACAUAAACCAUUGGAAAAUGUUGGCGGAGGGCAUGACUUACAUAGCUUGCACUCUCCGUUCUAUUUUGGAGCAAAAGAUGACUCCAUUUCUAACUUCUCAAUGUCCAUCUUUUUCAAUAAUGGCUUAAGGUUUCUUAAGGUGUUAGACUGCAGGGAAGCACCUUUAAAUACAUUUCCAAAGGAGAUUCUCAAACUAUACAAUUUAAGGUAUCUAAGCUUGAGAGAUACCAAUGUGAGUUCCAUUCCAAAAUCAAUUGGAAAGCUUCAAAAGCUUAACACAGUAGAUCUUAGAUAUAUUAAUGUUACAGAGCUUCCUGCAGAAAUUUUGCAGCUUAAGCAACUUCGGCAAUUACUUGUUUAUCGUUACGUCCAUAGAUUCACUACAUCUCUUGAGGUCGUUGGUUUCAAGGCCUUAAGAGGUUUAGAAACAUUGUCAUCCUUGCAAAGUCUUUGCUUUAUCGAGGUCAAUCAAGGUGAUUCUAAUUUGAUGAAGUCCCUAGGAGGGCUGACACAGUUAAGGAGGUUAUGCAUUCUAAAGUUGAAAGCAGAAGAUGGAAAUUAUCUAUGCUCGUCCAUUGAGAAACUGAGGUUCCUUCUCUCAUUGUCCUUGAACUCAGUAUCCCCAGAUGAAGUUAUUGAUUUGCAGGACAUGUCAUCACCUCCUCAAUGCCUUCAACGGCUGAUUUUAACAGGAAAAUUAUGCUUGAAAUGGAGUCGUUUACAGGUUGAUCCAUUUGAAUGUCUUCAAGCUUUGCCAAAUUUAGUGCAUAUUGAGCUUGUUGAAGCUUAUGAUGGAGAAACAUUGUGUUUCAAAGCUGAUGGUUUCAAAAUGCUUAAGGUGUUAUUACUAGGGAAAUUUGACAGAUUGAAAAGAGUGACAAUUGAGAGAGGGACAAUGAGUUCUCUUGAGAAACUAAUGUUAAGAGAUUGUAAAUUGUUGGACGAAGUGCCAACAGGGAUUGAAUGCCUUAGCAACCUCAAAGAUCUCGAAUUCAUUGAUAUGUCUAAUGAGUUUCUCAUGAAGCUAAACCAAAGAACUGAUUUGUUGCACAUCUCAACCAUUUUUGUUGGUUAUGAAGCAGACUGGGGACUGGAUGGAUAUUUGAUUUAG